CGACCUUCCGCUUCUGGCCAUGUUGGAUCAACCUUGUGACGGUCACGUUGCGCAGGCUCAGGCUUGAACGAAUUCAAGUUCUUCGCCGAGUCAACGAACUCAAAGCAAACAAUUUGAACAGUCUAGUUACAGCUCGAGACCUACGUCGAAAAUAACGUGUCCAUAGGCACAACGCGCAUCUAGUUCGGCUUUUCAGUCGGCGGUUGGUACAGUCCCACCUUGAACGCCGCCAUGACUCGGAUCCGCGCAGCGACUGCAUCCGACUAUCUCAUAUUCAGCGACUUGCUGCACGCGAGAUAAAUAAAUUCUUCUUCCCCAGACAUUCUCAACAUGGCUGGAGACACGCCCUUGGUCGCCGGGAUGAAGAGGACCGACAGUAGCUUCGAGGAGAUACCUAUCAUCGAUCUUCAACACAUCCAGAGCACAGACCCGGCAGUCCGACGCGCUCUCGCAGACGAGAUUCGGGAUGCUUGCAUCAACGUCGGCUUCUUCUACGUGAAGAGCCAUACCAUCCCUCAGGUCGUGAUCGACAACGCCGUCGCCGCCGGCAAGCGCUUCUUCUCACUCCCGCUUGACACGAAAGCGGCACUCGACAUCCACAAGUCCGGGAAUUUCAAGGGCUAUACAGCGCUGCUCGGGGAGAACACGAAUCCUGAGAACCGAGGAGAUAUGCACGAGGGCUUCGACCUUGGGUGGGAGGAGUUCUCCGGCGCGGGUCGUGCAGCGGAAGAAGAUGGAGUUAUGAGUGGCGGCAAUGUCUGGCCGGAGGGUCUACCCGGGUUCAGGGAGGCGUCCCUCGAGUACUACCAUGCUGCCGUCAAUCUAGGGAAGAUGCUCUUCCCGUUAUUCGCACUUGCACUCAACCUGCCUGAGAACUUCUUCGACGACAAGACCACAAAACCUGCAGCGAUCAUGCGCCUGCUCUACUACCCGCCACAAACCGGCACAGUGGAUGACCGUGUGGAGGGCAUUGGGGCGCAUACAGAGUACGAGUGCUUCACGAUUCUUUGGCAAGACAAGAUCCAGGCCUUGCAAGUCCUGAACGCCGCGGGCAAGUGGAUCGACGCUGUCCCUAUCCCCGGGACGCUUGUCGUCAACAUUGGGGACCAGUUCGCGCGUUGGUCCAACGACGUGCUCAAGUCUACCUUCCACCGCGCUGUCAACCGGUCCGGCGUCGAGCGGUACUCCAUCCCGCUCUUCUUCGGCAGUGACUACAAUGUCAGACUCGAGCCUUUCCCGGGCUGCGUGUCAGAAGACAACCCGGCCAAGUACGAAGUUGUCACUGCGGGCGAAUACGUGAAGUCUAGGCUGGAGGCGACAUAUAACAACCAUUAAGGUUGGACGUCUUCUAUGGGGAAGUUCAUGUGCGUCACAGAGUCGGAAUAUCAUUCUGCUGACGACUGGGAUUCGGAGGCCUGAGAAUGGCGAGAGGCUGUGGAUGUGACUUGGGAUUGUACGAUGCCCAGGCUGUAUUGUGUAAUACAUACUAGUAUUGAUUGGUAGUACUCGAGGUCUGUAUGUGCUCGACACCUUACUAUGAAUGCGACAUUGAAAAUAUUGAUCCACGGGCACGUCUCU